CUGUCAAUCAUCAAGCUGAGGUUGCGCCUGUUAUUCAGUCAGAUUAUGAAGCAGCGGAGCAGAGCAUCAUCACUGGCAUUCUCAUCUGGAUGUAUAGAUGGCAUCACUGUGGCGCCCAAUGUUUCUUGCCUUAUUUGCUUUGAUGAUCCUGCAGAUAUCUUCGUCUUCUGAGCAGCUGGCUGCCUCUAUGGAAGGGAGCUCAGAUGAGGCAACAUCACAAGACAUCGGUCAGGAAAAUGGUGUUGGUGAUGAAGGUUCAGCGUUUAAAGUUGAUCUCAGACGAUCUCUGCAGCCGUACGGAUGGCACCUGAGCCGUAAGUUACUGCAGACUCCAGGAGCGCUGCUUUAUUCUCCUCUGAGCGUCGUGCACAACGGGAAAACCUGCAUCCUCUUUAGAGCCCGAAAACUGGCCAUCAGAUACAAGAACCACAGUUUAGUGGACCUGACGGACCGAACCUUCGGCCCGGCCGCAACGGUGGACACCAAAGGGUCUUUCUGCAGUAAAGAUAAAGCCAUACUGAAUCUACGUUUUGGUGAUGUAGAAGACCUCAGAGGCCUCUCCAUCAGGCUACAAAUGUCAAACACCUUCUACGAGUCAGCAGGACAGAACUGGUUUACUCUGGAUAACGUUCACAUCCACUACAACUGGACGUACGAGGCCACGUUUAACGCCACGGAUGUCUACGCACCCUCCACCAACUCCUACCACUGCCAACAUGUCAGCAGUCUCCAGAAAUACGACACGCUGCUGGUACCCAGCGCCGGCACGGAUCACUCGGCAAACUGGCACAUCACAUUCACCGACUUCCAGAUUCAAGCAUUCAACCUUCAUUCCAGUAAGUUUGCAUCGGCCAGCGACUGCGCGACCUUCUUUACUCCAGCGAUCCUCAUGGGUUUGAUCACAUCUCUGAUCCUGCUGCUGGUGUUGGCGUACGCUCUGCACAUGGUGGUCCAUCUAAAGCACAUCGACCGCUACGAAGAGCACAAGACCACCGUCUACUUCCCUCGCAGCACAGAAGCCACAGAGUCCACAGAGAAGAACAACUCCUAAAGACUCUCAGCAGAUGAACAACAGAUCUCUGAACGAGAGCUCGGGAAGCCACGGCGGCGGACGCAGAUUUGACUGUAACUGUAAUAAGAAACGUCCCAGCUGUUUAGGACUGACUGCACCACGGCAGUGACGUCAUUGUGGUGGGACAGUGAAAGUCCCAAUCAGGUUCCUUUGGGAGCUUACAGACUCACUAUCACAGAGGACUUCUGCCGGUUCUCACCAAAAAUCCAGAAUCUGAAAAAGUUUUUGAAAGAUUCAGCGUCAGGUUUCGUGAGUUGUGGAUGUCUGCUGGAGCUGAUGAAUGAAAUAGCACAAUGAUCAUAUAUCCUGCGUUUCUAUUAUCUGUCUUUGCUUCUGUUUGACUGAUGAUGGCAAGUUUGUAUUUAAAUAUGAUGCUUCUUUACAGUCAACACGAAACGUCCGCAUUUAAGCAACUCUAACGUGACAUAUUUCAGAUUGAAACAGGAUAUUCAAUGUAAAGUGCACAAUUCAUAAUAACAACACAAACCAUUUAGAUUUCAUGUUGACUUUAAAGUUAUAAACUGUGAAUAAAUUGUUGUGAUGUAAUAUAGUUUCAAUUUGCCAAUCCAUUCUCAAUUCUUGCCAUUAAGAAUUCAACUUUUGAAAGCGUAAUGCAUUUCUGUACUGUUGGUGCCGAGCAACCAGUAAAAGCUCAAACUAAAGCUAACUAUUAUUUCAAUAUAUUGUGUAAGAUUUUCCAUACAGUGUGUAACCAGCAAUUACAGCAUACAUCAUAAAAAAUGCAAAAAAUUACUUUUAAUUUUAAUCAUUACCAAUGUUAUUUUUAAAAGAUGUAUUUUUGAAAUGAUUGUGUUAUGUGUUAUUUUUUGUUGUGUAGAUUGUUUAUUCAUUUUUGUAAUUAUUUCAUAAGUCCUAUGUGAAUGCUUUAAAGCUAAACCUUUGGCAGUGGUAAAAAUAAAAGUUUUUUUAUUGACAACUUCAAUUUUUAUCAACAAUGACUAAAGCUAAACAACAAUGAAAGCAACAUAACACGUGCUGUGUGCAUGCCAAACACAUAAUGUGCUAAAUAAAGGGGAAAGAUGUUUAGUUUUUUUAUGUACAUGUAUUAGUUUAACUUAUUGGUUAAGCAGGCAUUUAUCAGAUAAAUGAAGAUAGAAAUGGACUAUGAUGUAUUAAUGUUUGAUUGAUUAUUAUUGUCCUCUCAGUUUCUGUUGAGUUUAAUAAAACCAGCAGCACAAUUACAAUAACCGUGUUUGUG